GUAACUUGCACGUGAACCAUGUUCCGCUCAUCUCUUUGCAGGAUUUCCUUCGCUCGGGCAACCUUGAGAUACAGCGUAAAGCCACAAAUACCAAGGCUUUUGUGCUUGCCAGCCCGCAAUUAUACCCAGCCCGCCAGUUCAAACACUUUGAAAUCUGCUGUAGUGACCUCGCUUCCAAAGAAUUGUCCAUCGUGCGGCUCACCUCUACCGACACCACUGCCCGCUUGCCCAAAAUGUUUUUACAUCGCAAGAUUGCACCAAUCAAUUCCGUAUCAUGAAGUCUUCGGAUUCCCAUACGAUCCAAAUCCAUUCGUUGUUGAUACCUCCACUCUCAAGCGACGUUUUCACGAUGCUCAGCGGGUAUGUCACCCAGAUGCGUGGGCGACAAGGGACGAUAACUUACGGGAAGCGGCGUUGGACGUCUCCAAUCUUAUCAACACAGCGUAUAAAACACUCUCCGACCCUCUCCUCCGUGCGGAGUAUAUUCUUCGGCGUAACAAUGUAGAGGUUGAGGAAGCUGAUCAAUUGGAUGAUAUGGAGCUCAUUUCUGAAGUAAUGGAAGCAAGAGAAGAAAUAGAUAAUGUCCAGGCCGGAGAGUCUGCCCGCCUUUUCGAACUACAAGACGAAAAUGACGCUAAAGUCCAAGAGGCUAUAAAUAAUAUCAAAGAACUGGUUCAGCAUAAAAGAUGGACAGAAGUGAAGACUGCCGCUGUACGACUCAAGUACUUACAAGGAAUUAGGGAUGCCAUCAAGCAUCGACUGGAUAACAAUUAAACAUAAUAAUAUUCAUGAAACAAGCAUU